AUGAUACGAAAAACAAACAACUGCGCUCAAAACAAAGCCCCUCCUCACCACAUCUCGUCGUUCCCUUGCCAAAACAAACACAGCGACAAGAAGCAAUGGUAUGCCCCCACCCCAACCAACCACAGUCUACACCCCCCCCCCGCAUUCUACAGCCCCCCAAUACUAACAAACCUCUCUUCCUUACGACAAAAAAAAGCUAAAACUUCGUCAAAUCCAAAAAAAAAACAACUGGAGGCCUCCCGUUCUCCAAACCCCCCCCAUAACAACAGUGGCGGCGCCGCCGCCGCCACUACCGCCGCCCCAGACGCUGACCACACCACCCACGCCAUCGCCGCCGCCGCCAAAAUCCGCAUCGACAAAGACCUCACGCAUCUCGAACUGCCACCAACCGUCAGCAUAGAAACCAACAGCAUCACCUCAGAAGCAACACUCUACCUCCGCAUCUCCCCCGACGAGGGCUUCUACAAACACGGCCACUUCGGCUUCUCCGUCUCCUUCAAAGACUCCUACCCAAUCGACCCGCCCAUCGUAAAGUGCCUUACCACAAUCUACCACCCCAACAUCGACUACAACGGCAACAUCUGUCUCAACGUACUCAGAGAAGACUGGACCCCUGUCCUAGACCUCCAGACAAUAGUCAUCGGCCUCCUGUUCCUCUUCCUGGAACCAAACCCCAAAGACCCGCUCAACAAACACGCCGCCCACACCAUGGUCAAAGACCCCUUCCGCUUCGAAAGAAACGUCCUGGCCUCCAUGAAGGGCGCCACCAUAGACAACCACAACUUCGACUGCCUCCACACCUGA